AUGAGUGCUGUCACAUUUGGUGAUGAUCAUAGCCUUGAAGAGUCAAAGGUGGGUUAUAAUAACGGUUGUAGAUAUGGUAGGAGAGGUUGUGCUGGACGGGGUGUACAUAGUCCAAGGAGAGGUCGAGGAGGAUUUGGAACAGGAGGUGGUGGUGGAGGUGGUGGUGGUGGGGGAGGUACCGGAAAUGGUUAUGGAUAUGGUGGAGGAUUUGGAGCCGGAGGUGGUUCUAGAGGAGGAGGAGGUGGUGGUGGUGGAGGAGGAGGAGGAGCAGGAGGAGGGUCAGGCUUUGGUAGUGGUUUUGGCGGGGGUGGAGGGUUAGGAGGAUUGGGAGGGGGAAUGGAAGGUGCGCGUGCUGGAGGAAUGGGAGGCGGAUUUGACUUUAUAUUACGCAAUUAUACAAAAAUACACGAAUUAUACAAGCGUAGCCGCAAAUUAUACAAAUGA